UCUCUGGCUUAGCUUCUUCUUUUUGUCUUCAUUGUUGAAAAAAUGCUUCUUCUUAUCCCUUUCCUCGAUUGUGAUUUCAUGGGUUCCCCCGUUGCUAGUUAAAAGACCUUAGUUGCAAAGCUUGGAUCUUGGAAGAGGAGUAGCUCUGAGGUGAAUUCAGCUUCUGGGUUUUGGAGGGUGGGCGACAACAAUGGGCGAAUCCAUAGUUGCUGCCUCGUGGAACGAUGGAGAUAAGACAGCUACGGGUGCCUCAAAUUCUGGUCUGAAAGUGUCGGUUUCUUUUGGGAGAUUUGAGAAUGAUUCAUUGUCUUGGGAGAUAUGGUCGACCUUCUCUCCAAACAAGUAUUUGGAGGAAGUUGAGAAGUGUGCUACCCCUGGAUCUGUAGCUCAGAAGAAGGCUUACUUUGAAGCCCAUUACAAGAGGAUUACUGCCAGAAAGGCUGAAUUGUUGGAUCAGGAGAGACAGCUGGAGCAGCAGCAAACCUUGAGGUCAGCUGAUCGGGAUGGUGGAGAUCUAGUGGAAAGUGGUUGUGUGGUGGGCCAUGAAUCUUAUGGUGGUAAUUAUGAUCCAGGAUUUAGGCCAGAGACGGUUAAAGAAAAUGAGGAGUAUGAUUAUGAUGAGCAUGGUGAAGAUCCUCCAAUGGGCACUGAAACUCUAGUCACCCCAGUUAAAGAAGUAAGGGAAGCGGAAGGACUUAAUGGAAGCACCGAAAGCUCUGAAGUAUACAAGCAGGAACCAGCUGCUUCAGUUGAGGAACCAGAAAUUCAACCAAUUGAGUCUCAAGAAGUGGAGGAGGAGGAAAAGAGCUUGGUUGCAGCAGCAGCAAUGGGAGAGCAAAAUGCGAAGUUGGAUCAUAAGGCUGAAAGUACUCCUUUAAUAAAGCAGCAAAAGGCGAAGUUACAUCAUCAGAAAAAGGCACCGGCAAAGGUCACUCCGAUGAGCAAGGUUAAGGAGACUCCAAUCGUGAAGAAGAAACAGGCAUCGCCUGCAAAUCCAAGGCCCCAAAGCUCUACUCCAAGAGUAACGAAGCCAGUGUCAGCUACUGGUCCUGUGUCUUCUUCACGGUCUUUCACAAAGAAGGGCAACGUGACUUCAGUGCCAAAGAGCAAAAGCCCACUUACAGUUGAAAAGAAGAGAGUGGCUCCUAAAUCCUUGCAUAUGUCUAUUAGUGUGGAUACUCCAAAAUCUUAUCCACCACCUCGUGCGCCUGCUCUUGCUUCGACGGCAAGAAAGUCAUUGAUUAUGGAAAGAAUGGGUGAUAAGGACAUCGUGAAACGGGCAUUCAAGACAUUCCAAAAUAGUUACAGCAAAUCAUCUCUACCUCAAGAAAUGACUUCGGGAGCUAAGCAGGUUGCAUCAACCAGGUCAGAGGUUAAAGUUUCCAAUUCUACAACAGCGCGGAGAGAGAAUGGAGGUUCUUACAAGGCGGGCGAUGCAGAUAAAAGAUAUGCCAAGGCAGCUCCAUCUUUUGCCUUGAAAAGUGAUGAAAGGGCAGAGAGAAGAAAGGAGUUCUUGAGGAGACUGGAAGAGAAAUCGAGUGCUAAAGAGGCAGAAAGUGCACAUCUUCGAACGAAAUCCAAGGAGGAGAAAGAGGCAGAGAUAAAGAAACUGAGGCAAAGCCUAGCCUUCAAGGCCACAUCAAUGCCAGGUUUCUACAAGGGGCAGAAAGCGAUGAAAGGCUCAUUCGAUAAGGAGGGUUCAUAAACACUCAAGAUAUAGAUAGCAAGCCAUGCUUAACGUUGGAAGAAGUAUGAAACGAGAUCUAAUUUCUCCAAAAACAAUGCUUCGCAAGGGAAGCUGUCCAUCCUACUAUGGAGAGCUUGCACGCUGCUGCAGCUGUGUUUAGCUGAAGGAACCCAUGAUCGACUGGAGUACUCAUCAUCGGCUGUUAAGAGAGAUUGGCUACUCUGCCUGAUUGCAGGCCGCCCAAUAUUCAAUCUUUUCAUAAUUUACUUAUAGAGCGAAUAGUAAAUGUGUACAUCAGAACUUGCCACGAGACAGAGAUAGACCCUAGUAUAGUAGCAGUAAGUAGUGGUGGUAGAAGUUGAAGGGGGUAUCUAGAAUGAAACGUCUUCUCAGCUCUUUGUUCUGUCAUGUUCUGCGUUUCUUUCUCGGAUGUCGGUUUAUAGAGUUGAGAUGAAUGCAUAUACGGAUGAAAGUUGGUGGCUUUCCAAGAUGCAAAUGAGACAUGCCUGUAUGUAAGAACUAGGAUAU